GCUUGUCAAUCAGAUUCUACAGAAGCACGACUGUAAACAACUCGAGGCAAGAGUCUCAGCUGCGAAACAUUUCUUUCAGUUAUACAUACAUUGAAGCAACACUCAUUCACAUACAAUACAUUUAUAUAUUCUACUCAUACAACUGAAGUACAAAGUAAGACGAGCAAGAGAUAAAGAAGAAAGAAAGAAUUUCUCAACUUUUAUAUUGGACAUUUUGAGCGAACAAUAGAAAAAGGAAGAAGAAUGGUAAAAGCACCUGCUAUCGGAAUCGAUCUGGGAACAACCUAUUCUUGUGUAGGUGUGUUUCAACACGGUAAAGUGGAAAUUAUUGCCAACGAUCAGGGAAACAGGACAACACCAAGCUAUGUGGCUUUCACCAAUGCCGAAAGGCUGGUGGGUGAUGCAGCGAAAAACCAAGCGGCCCUCAACCCUGAGAACACGGUAUUCGAUGCUAAACGUUUAAUUGGACGUCACUUUAACGAUACGUCCGUACAAAGCGACAUGAAAUAUUGGCCAUUCCGAGUGGUGAACACAAACGGUAAUAAAGCACAUGUACAAGUGGAGUACAAGGGAGAGCAAAAACAGUUCUCGGCCGAAGAGAUUAGCUCGAUGGUAUUGAGUAAAAUGAAGGAGACAGCCGAGUCGUACCUGGGCUGUAAAGUGAAAGACGCAGUAGUAACGGUGCCAGCUUACUUUAACGACUCUCAGAGACAGGCGACGAAAGAUGCAGCUAGUAUAGCUGGUUUGAAUGUGUUGAGAAUUGUCAACGAACCAACGGCCGCCGCACUCGCCUACGGUCUCGAGAAAAACUUAUCUGGUGAGAAGAACGUUCUGAUCUUCGACUUGGGCGGUGGUACAUUCGAUGUUUCCAUCCUCACAAUCGACCAAGGAUCUCUUUUCGAGGUGAAAGCUACAGCUGGCGACACACAUCUCGGAGGAGAAGACUUCGACAACCGGCUCGUUGACUACUUUGUCGAAGAAUUCAAGCGUAAACACAAGAAAAAUCUGAAACAAAGCCCACGCUCUAUCAGACGUCUGCGUACUGCAUGUGAACGGGCAAAACGAACCCUAUCGAGCAGUUCAGAAGCUUCAGUAGAGCUGGAUUCUCUGUAUGAAGGCAUUGAUUUUCUCUCGAAGAUUACCAGAGCACGCUUCGAGGAUCUUUGCAGUGACCUCUUCCGAUCGACUCUAGAACCAGUUGAGAAAGCUCUGCGAGACGCCAAACUCGAUAAAUCCCGCAUCGACGACAUCGUGUUGGUCGGUGGAUCGACACGCAUUCCCAAGAUCCAGAAAUUACUUGCCGACUUCAUGCAAGGAAAGACCAUCAACAAAUCCAUCAACCCAGACGAAGCUGUCGCCUACGGAGCUGCCGUACAAGCUGCUGUUCUGUCUGGAGACGCGAGCGAUUGCAUCAAAGACGUACUACUUGUAGAUGUAGCACCGUUAUCUCUUGGAAUCGAAACGGCUGGUGGUGUGAUGACCAAACUUAUCGAGCGUAACAGCAGAAUACCGUGUAAGGCAUCCAAUGUAUUCACUACGUAUUCAGAUAACCAGCCGGCUGUUUCUAUUCAGGUAUUCGAAGGAGAAAGAGCAAUGACAAAAGACAACAACUGCCUCGGACGUUUCGACUUGACUGGCAUUCCACCAGCUCCCAGAGGCGUACCUCAAAUAGAAGUCUCCUUCGAUAUGGAUGCCAAUGGAAUACUCAACGUUUCUGCUGUCGACAAAAGCACCGGCAAAAGCAACAAAAUUACCAUCACCAACGACAAAGGUCGUUUGAGCAAAGAGGAAAUCGAAAGAAUGCUCAACGAAGCUAAACAAUACGAGGCAGAAGACGAAAAGCAACGCCAACGUGUUGCAGCUAGAAACCAGUUGGAGCAUUACAUAUUCAGUGUGAAACAAGCACUCAAUGAAGAUAACGGCAAACUGUCCGAGCAAGAUAAGAAGCAAGCAGUGGAAAUGUGUGAACAAACAUUACAGUGGAUAGACAACAACAGUCUAGCAGACACAGACGAAUUUACCUACAGACUUCAGGAAGCACAGAAAAUUUGCUCUCCUAUCAUGUCCAAACUACACACAUCGUCUUCGUCUAACAAUAAUCAUUGCACAUCACAAGCGUCCAGUGGUCCUACGAUUGAAGAAAUGGACUAAUAUCUUAUUCAUUCAUACAAAAAUUUGAUGAAAUACUGUGAUAUAUCUAUUACUCAGUACUCUUUUCAUACUACAUCACUUUAUGUGAUUUUAAAAAUUAUUCUCACUCAUAUCAGCUGAUUGACAUUGUGAACAUUCAUUAUUUAUUCAUCCAUCCCAUUGACAUUUUGUAAAACAAUCUCCAAAAUCUUUUGUAUAUUUUUUUAGAAGAAUAUAAUUGAUAUUUUCUUUCA